AUGGACGAGCUAGUGGAGAUCGUCAACCAGCUACAGGACGUGUUUCUAGUCAGUGGUCAAGUCGUCGACCUGCCCCAGGUGGUUGUGAUAGGCUCUCAGAGUGCAGGCAAGAGCUCCGUCCUGGAACAUCUAGUGGGAAAGUCCUUCCUACCCAGAGGUGUCGGGGUUGUGACUAGAUGUCCUCUUGUCCUGCAGCUUUUACAUUCGUCUACUGAAGUCGUUGAGGAAUACGCCAUCUUCCAACACGACCAGACAAAAGUCUUCACUGAUUUUAACCUGAUUUCUAAAGAAAUACUAGAUCAAACCGUGAAGCUCGCUGGAAGCAACAAAGGGAUCUGUAAUGCUCCAAUCACAUUGAAGAUUUACUCCAACUCCUUUUUAAAUCUCACAUUGGUAGAUCUUCCCGGGUUGACAAAAAUACCUGUUGGUGACCAGCCAGACGACAUUGAAAAGCAAACCAGGAAUUUACUGCUUGAAUACUCUAGAAACCCAAAUAGUAUAAUUCUAGCUGUGACUCCUGCGAAUGCGGACCUGACGACGAGCGAGAGUCUAGCAUUGGCUCGCGAGGUGGAUCCUGAAGGUGAGAGGACUCUGGCGGUCAUCACCAAGCUGGAUCUCAUGGACGAAGGCACAGAUGCGUGGGACAUCCUGUCUGGGAAAAUCAUACCGGUCAAACUGGGUAUAAUUGGUGUCGUCAACCGAUCACAACGAGACAUCAUGGAAAACAAAUCCAUGAAAGAAGCAUUGAAAGAAGAAAAGGAGUUUUUCCACAAGCAUUACAAAGCAGUUGAACGCUUCCACGGAACACCCUACUUGACGAAGACUGUUCAGAGAAUCUUAACCGAACACAUAAAAAGUUGUUUGCCAAAACUUAAAACUAAAGUCAAAGAAAAGUUGUUAAAGAAACAAGAAGAACUCAAAGCUUUGGGUGAUGUGAGUUUGGACAAGCAUGUGUUGUUGAUUGAUAUCAUCUCAAAAUUUUCACAAACGUUUUGUUCUAUUAUCAAAGGUGACACGGAUAACAUUCAGACCACUGAGCUGUCUGGAGGGGCGAGAAUCAAUUACGUGUUUCAAGAGAGUUUUGUCCAAGCGCUGCAGAAGAUGGAUGCACUAUCUGGGUUGUCUGAAGAGGCCAUCUUGACCGCUACCCAGAAUGCAUCAGGUGUGAAUCCCGGGUUGUUUGUUCCCGAGGUGACGUUUCAGCUGUUAGUGAAGCAACAGAUCCAACGUUUUCGUCCACAUUGUCUCACAUGUGUUGACCAUGUCAAUGAAGAGCUUUGUAGAAUUGUCCAGACUUGCGCCUACGAUCCUUUGAUCGGACUUGAGAAGUAUCCAACCCUGCAGAAAGAAGUCAUCCGUGUCGUAACACAAAUUCUCCGCAACCGACUCCCCAUUGCAAACAUAAUGGUUGACAGCUUCAUAGACGUCCAAUUAGCCUACAUUAACACAAGACACCCGAACUUUGACACUAACCGUUUGAGUGGGGAAGAGCCAAUAGCUUUGGAAGAAGAGAACUGCAUAGCACGCAAACCCACAAUAAAGUUCUCGGAGAAAAAAAAAGAAAUCACUGAGAAAAAAGAAGAAAUCUCGGAAGAAAAUCGGGAAUAUCAACUAAUUCAAAAAUUGAUUCAAAGCUAUUUUUCCAUCAUCCAGAUCACCGUUCAAGACACAGUUCCGAAGAUCAUCAUGCAUUCCUUCGUGAACUUUGUGAUCAAGUAUCUGCACAGCGAGUUAAUAGCUCAACUGUACAAGGGCAACAUUUCCGACUUGAUGAAGGAAUCGCAAGAUGUCGUGGAAAAGCGCCAAGAGCUUGUAACUAUUGUUGCUCAGCUAGAGAAGGCCUAUGGGAUUUUGACCUUUAUUAAACCGAGCACAAAAUUGCAUGUUGUGACAGAAGACGUCUGA